UCUGUACAAUGUGGGGAGUACCAUGGGCCGGGAUCGUCUUGAGUGUGGUGUCGCAAGUCUCAGCCGGAGCCCACGGCAGCGGCUCUCACAUCGACCUGUUGGAAAUGAUUCACUUGCCGCUAAACGAAGCGAAGAAUGUCCAUCCCAUCAUCGAUCCAGAGGAUGGCUUACCUGCGUAUGGUCUUCAGCGCGGCUCGGAUAUCAUGUCCCCGUUUGGCUUGCUCCACCCCAGGAACACAUUCUUCGUUGACUUUGUCAUCACGGCACGAUACAAGUCCUUGGAUCCACGGGGCGGUUUCUUGUUCGCUGUGGUAGAUCCAUUGGGGCGCAUUGUUCAACUCGGCCUUCGAUUAUCGCCUGUGAAGGAAGAAGAUCAGUUCCAGAAGAUCCAGAUCUAUUACUCACAGCCAUUGAGUUUAGGCACGAGACUAGAGCGAAACAAGUCCAAUGAUCCAGUCGCAGAGUUUCGCAUCAAGACCAACCCACACCAACCCAAAUGGGUGGACCUACAAAUUCGAAAAAUUGGGAUGAGCUUUUCCAUGACCCUCAAUUGUGAGCCAAUCGCCAUGGAGGCCUCCGGUAUGCAUGUGGACUUUCAGCGACCAUUGCUCAUUGAUUUAGGAGCCACCCUCCACAUUGGGCGAGCCGGGCCUCACAUCAUGGGCGAUUUUGAGGGAUUGAUUCGUGAACUAAGCGUCUUCGAAGGCAACCCACCGUCCCUAAGCACUUGUGACAUUCCCGACCGCAGAAAAAUGGGAUUACCACUUCGAGGGCCACCCGGUCCAAUGGGCCCGAGGGGUGCCCCCGGUCACAGCAUUCAAGGACCACCUGGGCCGCCAGGACCACCUGGACUUCCUGGACCAAUUUUUUCUAUCAACAGUGAAGAAGAACAUGGAACAGAGCGAGUGGUUCGUUAUUCUGCCAAUGCGUCCAGUUCUGGCAGUUAUUGCGGCUGCUCUGAAACCACUAUCAUUUCCUUGGCCAAUCAAAUCAGGCAAACUCUUUCUCCUGGCCCCAAAGGAGAGCCAGGCGUUUUUGGUAGUCCUGGACCGGCAGGGAAGACAGGGUUGAGGGGGCCCAGAGGUUUUCGGGGUCCUAAAGGGGAAGCCGGCAUCAAAGGCGACCGCGGGCACAAAGGCCUAAUGGGACAAGAAGGAACCCAAGGGGAUAAAGGCGAACCGGGAAAAGAUGGAUUUUCCGGCUCGAGUGGACCUCAAGGCCCUCCAGGCCCACCAGGUCCCCCAGGUUUGGCAACUGCUUACGAUCCCCUUUGGUCCUCGAGAAGUAGGAUGUAUCAGGACUCGCCCCGGAGUCAAUCUCUGACCGCAUCGUCUCUGUCCUUGCCUGGAGCCAAGGGAAACCACGGUCAAAAAGGAAAUAUGGGUCAAAAAGGCAGCAAAGGGGAAGUGGGAAAGAAAGGAGAACGUGGAGAACUCGGCCUCAUUGGCCCCCAAGGAGAGAGGGGCUAUGAGGGACCGGUUGGACCACCAGGAAUUAAAGGCGAGGAAGGAAUGCCAGGGCUUGAUGGACAAUCCGGUAUCCCUGGAGUUCCAGGGAACGAAGGAUUAAAAGGCACCAAGGGCGACCGAGGAGAACCGGGCCGCACAAUCGAACUGGCCCCCGGAUAUUUCCCCAAUGAUAUCAAGUUUCAGACUGAGAAGGGUCUUAAAGGUGAAAAAGGCGACACCGGGAAAAAGGGUGUCCGUGGGGCGCCUGGUGUGCCAGGAUCACGAGGCUGGCCUGGUCCGACGCUAGAUCCAUCGACCUUGAGUGAGUCUGCUUUGAACUUGAUCCGCGGCAAACGGGGGAAACGGGGGAAGCGCGGUCCACCCGGCCCGCCAGGACCUCCGGGUCCGCCUCAUUCAGAUGAGGUGAAUCAGAAACCCAGUCUAGUCAACAUGAGGAUGGCGGAUCCGUUCGGCGCUUUGCAAAAACUCAACUCCAACCAUCAAUAUUGCAACCCGGAGAAAGUUCAUCAAAUUCAAAGUGCCAUCGAGCUGAACGAUAAGUUUGAGAUGUGCUCCAUCGGAACCAUCGGGUUCCUUCUGAGCCAAGAAAUGCUCAUCGUCAAAACCAAAUCCGGAUGGCGACAAAUUAAUAUCAAAACGGACAUCAUCGGGGAGGCUCCUUAAACGUUGAGGACUUCAACACUGGUGUAUGAAAUAAAACCCUUGAAUAGAAGGCCUUGGUAAUUAUUUAUCAUCAUCGGCCAUACAGUAUUACUAACUAAUCGUGAUGUGAAGGCAUAAAGAAAACGGAUUUCAUCUAUAGAUUGAUUUGGGCU